AUGGAAUACAGAUAUUGGAUGUACCUGGAGGAACAUCCGGCUCAUGCGCCAAUCCCACCGCAUACCCACCAAGAGGCCAUGAAUGCACUCUCAUGGUCAUACACAGAGAGCCUUCUGCCAUCUUCCAGACCCGUUGCUCCGCCCUUUGCUCCACAGGAAUGUCAAGAGCUUAUGGGACUGCUUCGUUCAGCUGACGGCAGUGUCGGGACUUCAUCUGUCGUCCAAGCACGCAUCGUCGCCCGAGUCAUGCUUCGAAUGGCUCAAUGGAGACAACAAGUUAUUCGACCUGACAGGCCGUUGCCGCAAGAUGUCAACAGACCCGUACAACGCCCUUCUCGCUUCCGCCAAUUUGUCAAGUUCAUAUUAGAAGUUAUUGUCUCCUGUCUGUGCUUGGGCAUUCCAUACUUCUUCAUCGGCCGUGCACAUCGCCAGCGGACCGACGAGGAGAGUGGUGUGCCCGGCUCCGGCACCAUGCUUGUGAUCAGCGGUUGCGCUUGCCUUAUGGCUGCCAUCAUACUGAGCGCGUCAGUUACGUUCGUUUCUCUCGUGGGUCUUGACGAGAUGUCUCGUCUUGCGGGCCUGGUUGCCAUAUUGUUCUCGGCUUCGAGUAUGGUCUCUGCUGUCAUUGCGCUCUUCCGCUACAAGUCCGAGCUGGAACACACCGUUGAGCAUGUCGGCGGAGAAGGCCUCAUCUUCCUAUCUAGAAGGAGCAUUGUUAUGUCCAUCCCGCUGGUUUUCCUCGCAUGGGCGGUCGCAGCGUUCAUCACAGGCAUCACAUACUACACAUUACGCGGAAAUACGGCGACAGGUCGCGUGGUCAUGAAGUAUCCACACGAAACGUACACUCACUGGACAGUGGUCGGAGGCACAGGGGGGUUGGCGGGGAUGGUCAUAAUGUCAGCUUUGCUUUGUUGCCCAUGA